AUGACGCUGGUGGAUGAAAGCCAGUUGGAAGUCCACAAGCCGAAGUCCCUAUGCACACCUAAAGACAACAUAUACAUAGGGAGCUGGAAUGUGAGAUCUAUGUAUGUUACAGGGAAAACAGCCCAGAUAGAACAGGAGAUGGAUAGAUACCGACUGGAUAUAAUAGGGCUAAGCGAAGUCAGAUGGCCUAUGAAUGGAAAAACUACAUUGCAAAGUGGGAAACUAGUGCUUUACUCAGGACGAGAGGAUGGAUUACAUCAAGAAGGAGUAGGAAUAAUGCUGACAAAGAAAGCUAAGAAGUCAUUGAUGGAAUGGAAACCCAUAAAUGAGAGAUUGAUGUAUGCAAGAUUCUAUACAUCAACUCUAAAGAUAAGCCUGAUUGUAAUGUAUUCACCAACAAAUGAAAGCCCUGAAGAGACAAAGGAAACAUUCACGGAAGAACUGCAGGAAGUUAUUUAUAACACUCCAAAACAUGACAUACUGCUCAUUAUUGGAGAUUUCAAUGCAAAGGUUGGCAGCAACAACAAAGGCCAUGAAAGUGCUAUGGGGAAGCAUGGAAUAGGAGAGCGAAAUGAAAAUGGAGAACGACUAUUAGAUAUAUGCGAGCUCAACAACUUAGUCACAGUUAGAGGAGUUAGAGUUAGUUACAGGAACAAUAUUUCCUCAUAA